GAUGCUUCUGAAGCCGAAAGUCAUUAAGGUGCCAACAACAAAGUGACACAAUGAAGCUACUUUCAAGAAUACUGAUAGUGACCUGUUUGUCUGUGGCUUUAACAAGACAAGUUGACAGAACAAGCAACUCGAAACCCAGAUUCAAUCAAUAUCAGACAUGGAAUACAAAACAGUUCCCAGUGUGGAAAGAUGGAGACCCACUCAACAAAAACAGCUGGACAGGUGGACAAUUGAAGUUUGAAGUGGGAAAUGAUGCACCCACCUUGACCGGUGCCAAAAUCACCUUCACCAUUGACAUUGUGUUCCCUCACAACCAGAAGGUCCUGCCAGAUGGACAAGUUGUUUGGGCAAAAAACGGCACUUUCAACGGCACACAGUUCCAUGAAGGAGAGCCUGUCUAUCCUGAGGAGAACUCUGUAGAUGCAUGGAACGCUGUGUUCCCUAAUGCUCCUCUCCUUUCCAGACAGGGGGACAAGCAACCUCCCUAUGUGUUUGUAUGGAAAACCUGCGGUAAAUACUGGCAAGUGCGCGAUGGCCCUUCCUCAUCGCUGACCAUCGGCACUGAUGAUGUUCCUCUUGGCUCUUAUAUGAUGGAUGUUGUCAUCUAUCACUACAGGCAAAAAGAUAAAUUCAUCCCUAUUGGACAUGCAUCCACACAGUUUAGUAUUACAGACCAGAUUCCCUUUGCGGUUUCCCUGACUCAGGUAAAUGACAAAGACGAAGGCGAUCGGAAAUUUAUCCAGAACAGAGCGGUGGCCUUCAGCAUCACCCUUCACGACCCCAGCCAAUACCUGAGCAAAUCUGAUGUGACUUUUAACUGGAAUUUCGGGGAUGGCAGUGGCACUGUAAUCUCCAGGGAGCUCACCGUCACGCACACUUAUAUGGCAUCUGGUGCCUUCAAACCUCAAGUUGUCGUACAAGCAGCUAUUCCGGAUUCAUCUUGUGCAACUCCACCAAACCUUCCGACUGAGGCUCAUCCCACUUCCAACACCCUCACCUCUGAGAGCCUCAUUGUCCCAACUGAACACAUCACUACAGAUCAUCCUUCCAGUCAGCCUUCAGCUCCCAUUCUGAAAUCCACAAUGAAAACCAUUCCACCUGCACCUACAAAUGAAGUUCCAACAAGAUCCAGCCUUGGGAAGGUCUUUAACCUCAGAUCUGGAUCUAAGAUGUCCGAAACAUUGAACACUGCGACAAAGACAACACGGAAGACAACUACUGCUGACAUGGAGGCAAUUUUGGAGAAAGACACAACUGACUGUGUGAUUUACCGUUACGGAUCCUUCGCAACAGAUAUUGAGAUUAUCGAGGGCAUUGAGAGUGUGCAGAUCGUCCAGGUGGCUGUAGCUAAUGGUUUUCUGCUAACAGAGAUGGAGCAGAAUGCUGUUGAUUUCACUGUUUCCUGCCAGGGAAGCCUCCCCACUGAAGUGUGCACUGUAGUGUCGGAUGCAGACUGCCAUAUGCCAGUUACGACCAUCUGCAAUGCUGUGAGCCCCUCCUCAGACUGCCAACUCAUCCUCCGACACUUCUUCAACGACUCUGGGAUCUUCUGUAUCAAUGUGUCUAUGACGAAUGAUGUCAGUCUGGCUGUCACAAAUGCCAGGGUUAAUAUUAACAUAGCAGGUUCUAGGUUGACAUCUGCAGGUGUCGCUGCCCUGUUCUUGGGCAUCCUGACUGUUGCAUCAGCAUUGGGUGCAGUGGCUUUUGCAUAUAAACGUCUUAAAGGGUAUCAAAGGCUGACUGAGGUCCCUGCAUGCCAAUCCAACAACGCUGGCGUGAGCUCUGUACCAGCACUCUUCUGGAGCAUGAUGAACCAGCAGACGGUGGAUCAGAAAAAAGGAGUAGUGUGAAUUUUACUUUAAAACCAAUGAAAAUUGACCUGGAAAAGAAAUGUUACGUUAGCACUAUUUUGAAGUGUAAAAGCAUCAACCUGUUUUUAUCAUUUCGUUUUUUUAAUCUUUAAUGUUUAAAUUUGGAUUUUUAUACACAUAUUUGACCCCAAAUCAUUUUCUACAAAAACUUGUUUUUAAUUACAGCAUUUGUCUUAAAUUUUGUACUUUAAACUUGAAGAGGAAACAACUGUCAUUUGAGCCAACAAA